AGCCAGGCUCAGGCUCCCCUUGAGCGCGCUGCCGCUCUUCUGUUACAGGCUGUCGGGCCAGGACCCCUCAGGGACUUUUUGUGGGGGAGGGGCGAAUCGUGCAAGGCCUAGGGGGCCGCGUUCCUAGAGAAAGGCAAUGCGGGGCUGUGGCGGGGAGGACGACCGAGUGGAGCAGUCUGAGGCACACCUUUAACCCUUAGCUAAGCUCCUAUGCCACUUCAUACCUUCAUUCACAGAAAGGGAAGAUGGAAGAGCUGAGUCAAGCCCUGGCCAGUAGCUUUUCUGUGUCUCAAGAUCUGAACAGCACAGCUGCCCCACACCCCCGCCUGUCCCAGUACAAGUCCAAGUACAGUUCCUUGGAGCAGAGUGAGCGGCGCCGCCGACUAUUGGAACUGCAGAAAUCCAAGCGGCUGGAUUACGUGAACCAUGCCAGACGACUGGCUGAAGAUGACUGGACAGGGAUGGAGAGUGAGGAAGAAGAUGAUAAAAAAGAUGAUGAAGAGAUGGACGUUGACACUGGCAAGAAGUUACCAAAACGCUAUGCUAAUCAAUUGAUGCUGUCUGAGUGGUUGAUUGACGUCCCUUCAGAUCUGGGGCAGGAAUGGAUUGUGGUCGUGUGCCCUGUUGGAAAAAGAGCCCUGAUCGUGGCCUCCAGGGGCUUUACCAGUGCCUACACCAAGAGUGGUUACCGUGUCAACAGGUUUUCUUCCCUGCUGCCGGGAGGCAACAGGCAAAACUCAGCGACAGCAAAAGACUACACCAUUCUGGACUGCAUUUACAGCGAGGUGAACCAGACCUACUAUGUUCUGGAUGUGAUGUGCUGGCGGGGACACCCUUUUUAUGACUGCCAGACUGAUUUCCGGUUCUACUGGAUGCAUUCAAAGUUACCAGAAGAAGAAGGACUGGGAGAGAAAACCAAGCUCAAUCCCUUUAAAUUUGUAGGACUAAAGAAUUUCCCUUGUACUCCUGAGAGCCUGUGUCAGGUGCUGUCAAUGGAUUUCCCUUUUGAGGUAGAUGGACUUCUCUUCUACCACAAGCAGACCCACUACAGCCCUGGAAGCACUCCUCUUGUGGGCUGGCUGCGCCCCUACAUGGUGUCAGAUGUUCUUGGAGUAGCCGUGCCAGCUGGCCCACUGACCACCAAGCCAGAAUAUGCUGGGCAGCAGCUCCAGCAGAUUAUUGAGCACAAGAGGAGCCAGGAAGGCAUGAAGGAGAAAGUCACACACAAGGCAUCUGAGAGUGGACACUAUGAGUUGGAACACCUGUCUACCCCCAAGCUGAAGAGCUCUCCCCAUGGCCUUGACCCCCCAGGGAGCCUCAUGGAAAACUAAACAGGGUGGCUCCUUGGGGAGUCACAGGAUGGGGCUUGGUCCCAGAAGGAAGGCUGGGGAGGAGGACAAUGACAACAAACAGGUGACUUCAUUUUAGAGUGGACUUUCCAAAGCCACUCCAGCUGGAAACAACUUAUCUCCUAUCUGAAAUGCUGGCUCAGACAGUUGAGGGCGGUUUCCAGAUUGGAUGGAUUUGGGAUUUGAGAAGUAACUCCUGUGAAAAGUGUAUCCCAGAUAUCUACAAUGUAAAUAUAUGUAAUUCUUAAGAAA